AGAGACCCGAUAACGCGCCACAACAAGGUCUUGAGACUAUGGGAGCAAAUGGACUUUUGAGCGCAUAUAUGCGCCUUGAAGAGCAGAUUAAAUUCCUACAGAACGAUAUUUUACAGCUGCAGAUGGACAAACAAAUGCUGGCACGUGAGCGAGAUUUACACCAGGCCGCUUAUAAUAAGCUUGCGGAAUCUCUCUCACUAACUCUAGACCCUGCCAGCCUCAGUACCCUCUCCCCUCAGAGUCUGCCUGUGAUGCUAAAGGCGAAGGAAAUCGCAGUCCCGUCCUACAAUUGUGCUGACUUUCCCAGCGAGUUCAUAUGGACAAAGGAAGACUGGAAGAAGUGCCAGGAGAAACCAUCGACGCAGCUUGAAAAGUUGCAUCCACUGCGCUACAUUGUCGACAAGAAUAACAAGCCUAUUCCCUUGGAGCAUGUCACGACAAUCCGUACCACAUCCCGACGGGUGUUCGUGGACAUCUGGAACAUCAAGGAGGCGCCCAAAAGCUGGGGAGCUGCAUCGGGGUCUGCCAGUAAGCUGUACUACCGAGAAAUGGUGACAUUCUUCCCUGAGCUUGGCUACUGUGACGGUAACUGGAAAUGCGACGCCAUCGCGACUGCUAGCUAUACCUCUUGGCACAAGAAUCAUAUCAGCCGCUUGGUUCGUGAAGGGACUUACAAGCCAACGGCAGAAGAUGUCCUCGACUUCGAUAAUCUCGAGACGCUGGACUCUGACAAUACCGAUGGUGCCACUGGCAAUGUGAAGCCCAAAAAACGGACCCAUGACUCUGACCCACCUAGCAUCGCAUCAACUUCGAGCAAGAAGCGGAAGCCAUCGGAAAUAUCAGUCCCUGAACACAAAUUGCCAUUGCCAUCACCAUCACCAACACCAAUGCCAAUGCCACCGCUACCAGACUCAGACGAGUCACAGCCCACUGACCUUGGCCAUUCUGACAACGUGAACAAGACGUGUGCAUCCAGGCCCCCCGCCAAAGUAUACACCUUUCUUUGUACUGUCAUGUCAUCCUCAGCUCAUUGUUUGUAGUUUCGUGCACGGCCACUCAAAUUCGCAAACCUGCUUACCACUCUUGAACUGACUGCUAGUGCGGAUCAACUGCCCUUGAUUCCACCCUCCCCCUCUGAAGAUAUCCUGACUCCGUCUACAGCCCCAGCGGAGGAACCAAUAUCCACACAGCCGACCGGUGAACACACACCUUCCAUUGCACUGACCCCAGAACGCUCCCUGGAUCACUCUGACAUAG